UGCAAAAUCAACGAAUUCAUUUUGACAGCUAAGCGUGAUUAGACUAUUUUGUCACAACAAAGCCCUUUUUCCUGAAAAUCUUCAAGUUGUAUGCCUCUAUAUUCAGAAGAAAAACAAUAAUGUUCAGUUUUGAAGGUGAUUUUCGGAGGAAACCUGUCCAGUCCUUAAGAGGAGCAAGUAAAAAGGAAGAAAGGUCAAGCCUUUUGAAGAGGGCACAAGAAGAGAGAGAAAAGAGAGAAAAUCAAAGACUAAAACAAGAAAAUGCAGUCAAGAUCCAAAAGUUUUAUCGUGGCUAUCGAGUGAGGAAACAGCAGAAAGAAGCAAUGCGAGUGCAGUUUGACCGCCUGCAGUUGAUGCUGCAGAAAGGCCCGUUCACCGUAGAUAACCUGCAGUUACUUGUCUCCACCAUCUGCCAGUUCUACUCGGAUAACCAAGAUGGUGAAAGGCUGGUAUGGUUAAGCCAGCAGCUGGUGAAACACAAGGAUACUUACCUCAAGUUUCUGCAGGCCGACCCCAGGAAUGGCCAACAACAAGUGAAAAACAUCCUUCUCCUCUGUCUCAGACACCUGCGGGCAAUAUCGUCUAGCGGGGAGCCGAUAGCGAUUCCGAUGAGAAUGCUGGAAGUGUUCACCUCCUCCACAUCCAUCGCUGAUACUAACUACCUCAAGUCUGUAUGGAGAUGGCUCAUCGAAAAUGACUACUUUGAGUGUAUGCGGUGUCUGUUAGAGCGGAAGGUUCCUGCUAGCCUGGAGAAGAGCCACACUCCCCCCACCCCUGUGGCGGCCAGCAUCUUUGAGCUUAUCCUGACUCCUAUCAGAUUUGCAGAGGCUUGUAAAGAUACUUUAUUCAGCAACCAGGUGUUGGGGAGUGUUUGCAAGUCCUUGCUCUGUCCCGCAUACUCAGAGCAGAUUUCCCAGUUCCUGAUUCCCGCAAUGGCCUAUGGGAAAUACCCAUUCCCGUUUGUUGAUCUUAUUACCACCUUGGUCGUACAGUGUCGGGAGAGUGGGAUCGGUGAAGGUAAAAACAAGGGAUAUGGACGAACAUUGGAUAGGAGAACGAUAAGGGUGGAUCUGACACCAUGGUUGCUUGGAGCAUUUGUUACUCUGGGGGCAAAACAAAUAGAGUCAUUAUCCCAGGCAAAGGUGUCAGAGUAUGUGGAGGUUCUGCAGUACCUCCUGCCUUCCCUGCCUUCUGCUAAUGACCCAGAUGAUGAUGGGGACUCUGACUCCGAGGAGGAUAUGGAAGUCGAGGAUUAUGCCUCCGGGGCAGGCGGCCUAGCUGAGCUACGUGAGGACUGUCUCUCAGCACUUGACUCUCCAAGUCAUGUGACCCACAUUGUCGGGCUGGUGGGUCGUGGGGACGCCCAGCUGCUGUAUGCAGUUGCGGUCAUUUGUCACACUCUCAUGGCACAUCACAGAUACUCUAUACACAGACGAAGGUUACUGUACAGCCUGGCCUACAACCCACAGUUUAUCAAGAAUCUCUGGCAGUGCUGUGUCGGCCAAACCAUGGUUACUGCUACAAGAACAGAAACAUCCCUGAUUAUGAUGUUGAGUCGAGGGUUGACAAUGUCAGAGCGAGAGAUGGGUCGGAUUGUGCCACUGUUGUCCACUUUCUGUUCCAUGUUCAGUCACUCCCUACACACGCUACAUGAUGCUGACUUUUAUGGGGAUGAUACAGGAAAUGCCUCCAGUAUGCCAUUCAACCUUCUGGAGUUGAUACAGAUGGUGAUUGCCCUUCGUGAUGUGUGUCUGGGCAUCAUUGAGCUGGCCCAUCCCGACGCAAAGCCAACCAUAAAUGACGACUACAGGGUCGCACUCAACCGGGUCGGGGUGCCCAUGAGAAAAAGCAAUGCGAAAGAAAUCAGUAAACUGACGAAACAGUGGGGCUACCUGUUUAAGGUAACUGCAGGUCUGGUUCGGCAAGUUUACACAAGAGAUGCCCGACGUUCUUUCUGCCCCAAGGACCUCUGGCUGUCAGACAGAGUCAAGAUACAUGCUGAUGGGUCAUCACAGCUAUACAGAUCACAAGCUUCAGUGUUCACGCACCGUCCUUUCCGCACGAUGCAGUCCCUGUCCCAGGUUAAUGAAGAUGAUGGAGGCCCCCCUCUCUCCAACAAGGAUGUUAAAAACCUGGUCAUUCUCACUGAGCUUCCCUUUGUUGUGUCCUUUCAUGAGAGGGUGAAGAUCCUACAGAAGUUGAUAAAUGCAGACAGGGCGGAUUACCAGGGGGAGAUGGACCACUUCAUGUCGGCAAACAGUGUCACUGUUAACAUCCGGCGUAACUACAUCUACGAGGAUGCCUUCGACAAACUCUCUCCAGAAAAUGAGCCUAACUUAAAGCUGAAAAUGCGAGUCCAGCUAGUCAAUGCUGCUGGCCUAGAUGAGGCUGGUAUUGAUGGUGGUGGAAUUUUUCGGGAAUUCCUGAAUGUUCUGCUCAAGACAGGGUUUGAUCCUAACAGGGGGUUCUUCAGUCAGACAACAGACCGGCUGCUCUACCCAAACCCACAGUCCAAGUUUCUAAUGGAAGACUUCACCAAACAUUACUAUUUCCUUGGGAGAAUGUUGGGGAAGGCUUUGUAUGAGAACAUGUUGGUAGAGCUGCCGUUUGCCUCAUUCUUCCUGUCAAAGAUCCUGUCUCGACACAGCGGUGACCUUGAUAUUCACCACCUGGCCUCCCUCGACCCGGAGAUGUACAGGAACCUGCUCUUCCUCAAACAUUAUGAUGGAGAUGUUGGGGAGCUCGGACUUGAUUUCAGUGUGGUGGAUAACCAGUUUGGGGAAACUAAGAUAGAGGAGUUGAAACCAGGUGGGAAGAACAUCCCUGUGACGGCCAGUAACAGAAUAGAGUACAUUCAUCUUAUGGCAGACUACAAACUUAACAAACAGAUCCGCCACCACUGUACAGCAUUUCGAAACGGUCUGUCUGACCUUAUAAACCUUGAGUGGCUGCGAAUGUUUGACCAACAGGAACUGCAGGUGCUCAUAUCUGGGGCAGCGGUCCCCAUAAAUAUUGCCGACCUCCGACAGCACACAAACUAUAGUGGGGGAUAUGCAGAUGACCACCCAAUGAUUAAAAUGUUCUGGGAGAUAGUGGAAAACUUCACAGAUGAGCAGAAAAGACAGCUGCUCAAGUUUGUUACCAGUUGUUCAAGACCACCCCUGCUGGGAUUCAAGGACCUUUACCCUGCCCUGUGUAUCCACUAUGGUGGGAACGAGCCUGGCCGACUGCCCACUGCAAGCACCUGUAUGAAUCUUCUCAAGCUUCCAGAGUUCAAAGACUUUGCCUCGCUCAGAGACAAACUUCUCUACGCCAUAGAGUCUGGGGCUGGCUUCGAACUCAGUUGAGAACGUGCAAUAAUCUUUGAACCACUCAGUAUUUGUGAAAUAAGAUAUCCUCACAAAAUGUGGGCUUAUUUGAUACGAGUAUCGUGUAUAAAUCAGGCUAAGUUUAACUGCAUCCAGUUAAAACAUAUAACUGUGCUGAAUCAAUACACUGCAACUUCUAUCAUGUGUGAGUCUGAAGGCCAAGAUUGAGUAAGAACUCGAAACUCGUGUUGUAGCACUAGAAAUAUAUUUAACUUAAAUUAAUUUACCACCCAGUGUCCAGUUCAUUUUAUAUGUUGUUGAUCCAUGAAAAUAUAGUCUUCGAAUGUUUUCAUAUCACAUCAUUCAAACAACAUAUUGAAAUAAAACUUUAAUAUAUACAUGAAGUUACAUGGAAAUUGUGGAAUGUUUAGGUAUUUGACACAUUUCCCAUAUACCUAACACUGCUUUUAUUGGUUAAGAACUACAUCAAAUCUGUUGUAAAUACAGCGACAUCAUUUUUUUUCAAUUUAAAAUAAACAUUAUGAUCUGCUACUAUGUUCAUCAACUGUUUCAACAAAGUCUGACACGAAUUGGUAAUUCAUAAAUAUAUUUUACUGUUAAAAUCUAUGAAGACUUUGCCAUUGUUUGUGUGCCAGCAAUGCCAUAGAUUAUGUGCCAGCAUGUAGAGUUGAUGGCAUAAAUACAUGUAUAGAGUUUAAGGCAUAGUUACAUGCAUAGAGGCAAUGACAUGUGUACAUACAUAGAGUAUAUGACAAACAGGCAUGUUUAGGCUUGAUGGCAUACAUACAUGUACAGAGUUGAUGACAUACCUGCAUGUAUAUGGCAUACGUAUGUGUAUAGAGUUGAUGACAUACCUGCAUGUAUAUGGCAUACAUACAUGUAUAGAGUUGAUGACAUACUCGCAUAUAUAUGGCAUACAUACGUGUAUAGAGUUGAUGACAUACUCGCAUAUAUAUGGCAUACAUACGUGUGUAGAGUUGAUGACAUACUCCCAUAUAUAUGGCAUACGUACGUGUAUAGAGUUGAUGACAUAAUUGCAUAUAUAUGGCAUACGUACGUGUAUAGAGUUGAUGACAUAAUUGCAUAUAUAUGGCAUACGUACGUGUAUAGAGUUGAUGACAAACUCGCAUAUAUAUGGCAAAUGUACAAUAAUCGAAAUGAGACUAUUGGAUGAACAAGCCCGAAUACUUAUGUUAAUGUUUAAUAUCAAAUUCAUGAAAAAGCCCUGCUAUAUAAAAUCAAGAAUCUGGGCAAGCCUGGAAAGCAUUUUACCAGUGCAGGGCUUGUGGGCUUGUGCUAAUUUCGACCACUGAACGUACGUGUAUAAAGUUGAUGUCAUACUCGCAUAUAAAUGGCAUACGUACAUGUAUAGAGUUGAUGACAUACCUGCAUGUUUAGAGUCGAUGGCAUAUGUGUAUGUAUUGAGUAAAUGGCAUACAUAAAUGUAUAGAGUAAAUGGCAUACAUAUAUCAUCAUAUGUAUAAAGACAAUCACAUAAAUGAGCUAAAAUGUAGUGGAUGUACACAGAUACAUGUUAUUCUUUCACCAAGUCAUGUGAGUUUAUUUAUUUUGAAGUGAUAAAAUCUACCAUUAUUAUAUUAUGUAUUGGACAUUUCCUGAAAUUGUGUCACUUAAAUGUACCAAAUGUUUUAACUUGUUAUUGAUCUGUGUGUUAUUGACAAAAUCUUCUUAUUGUAUGUUUAAUGACUCUGAAUUAACAGUUCACUUCUCUUAGACCUAUGAGACUUGUUGCUGAUUAAAUAAUUCAUUGAUUUGCAGAUUAUGGUAGCUGAAACAUUGCAGUUGACUAGAGAUCACCUCUAUAGCAUAAAGUGUGUAUCAUAAAGGUGGUUUCGACUUGUCUUUCAUUUAUAAACUACAUGUAAUAUUUACACAAUGAAAUAUGCUUUUUACCACAUAGCUAAUAUUUUCUAUGACAGACUGGUGAUGUUAUAGGACUGUAUGAUAUUUUAACUUUGUAGUACCAUUGUCAGUUCAUAUGUUCUUUUAUGAUGAAACAUACUGUAAAUGUCCUUUUUGACAUGCAUGCCCUAGUAGACGAGCAGGAGGACUUUACAUGCCAUUUGAGCUAACCUCAAACCUAAAAAAUCAACUCGUUCAAUGAAAAGCAUAAAAUUAGCCAAAUUAUAAAUUGUGCACCUGCUCAAACUGCUGAUGUCGUUCAUAUAAAUACAUACACUAUUGUAUAAUUUAGGUCACACACAACAAAUAAUAACAGAGCAUCAUGUGUUCAGUGGAACAUAUUAUUGAUUUACACACCAACUCUGCCUACCAUGAUGAGAAGUUGUGACAAGCGUAGUUGGUAGUUUAUAUAUAUAAGACCCUGUUAUUGUACAUAUUUCUAUUAUCCAAUUUGACAUAUUUUAAGAAGUUUGCUGAAUGGGGGAAAUUUGGGAACCUGGUUAUUAUUCCUAAAAAGACAUGCGCUUCGCACGUCUAAUAGAACAUUUACAGUAUGUACUUGUUUGCAACAAGCCAAGAUUUUAUUUAUAAUUUUUGUUAAAACUUUUUUUGAGGUAAAAUAAAGUAUAGAAAAGUG